CUUCUCAUCUUGCUUCCUUUCCAGUUUCCUACAUUUUUCUCUCUGCUUUCCUUUCCUUUCCCCUGAUCAUAACCAUCUCAAUUCCUCUUUAUUUCAGUGAAUUCAAAUAGCAAAGUCAUAAUCACCUUUCUUUUUUGGUUCUGAUUUCAGCCUCUCUUCUUUCCUUUUCUUCUUACCUUAUUUCUUCCAAAUUUAGUACUACACUAAAUUCUUUCGUAGUCUUCAUUUUCCCAUUACGUUUUCUGGGGUUCUGUUUUCUUGGUUUUUCACUGAAUUUUAGUAUCUCACAUGUAUUAAAUGGACGAGAAAAACAUGUUCUUGAAUAAUGUCAACACAAUGAAUGAGUUGAAUUCUUUUUACAAUCCCAGUUGGGAAAAUGAUCCUUUUGAAUCUACAUUAAGUUCAAUUGUGUCUUCUCCUGUUACAUCUAAUAUCAUGCCUAGUAAUAGUAGUGGUAACAAUUUUGUGUUGAGAGAGUUAAUUGGUAAACUGGGAAAUAUUUGUAAUUCUGGUGAAAUUUCACCAAACUCUUAUGUUAAUAGUACUAAUAAUUCUUGUUAUACUACUCCAUUGAAUUCUCCUCCAAGACUCAAUCUUUCCAAUUUUGAUCAUCAAAUCAAUGGGAAUUUGCAACUUCUUGGUGUAAAUCAUAUGUCAAAUAGUACUAAUUUGGCACAUUUUUCUGUUGAUUCUGAGUUUGUUAAUAGAAAUGUUCCAAAUUUGGAAAGUGGGAAACUUUCAAGAGUUUCAAGUAGUAAGUGUAUUAAUGUUUCUGGAUCUCAAUUGGGUGUUCAAGAAUUCAAAGAAUCUGAAUUUGGAGAGUCAAUGGAGAAUUCUUCAGUAUCUGAACAAAUCCCACUUGGAAAUGAUGCCAAUUCCAAGAAGAGGAAAUCAGUUCCAAAGAAGAAAGCUAAAGAAACCAAUGCCAAGAAUGUCAAUGUUUCAACAGAAAUAUUGGAAUCAAGUGCCAAAAGAAGCAAGUCUGAUGAAAAAAAUGGAAGUGAUACCGAUGUUGCAGAAGCAAAAGAACAAAAUAAAGACAAUCAAAAGACUACAGAGCCACCAAAGGAUUAUAUUCAUGUUAGAGCCAGAAGGGGUCAGGCCACAGAUGCACAUAGUCUAGCUGAAAGGGUGAGAAGAGAGAAAAUUGGUGAAAGAAUGAAGUUUCUACAAGAUCUUGUACCUGGCUGCAACAAAGUGACUGGAAAAGCUGUGAUGCUUGAUGAGAUCAUUAACUAUGUGCAAUCCCUUCAGUGUCAAGUUGAGUUCCUCUCAAUGAAGUUAUCUAAUAUGAAUCCAAGAAUGGACUUCAACGCGGAAUCUCUUCUCUCCAAGAAUAUGUUUCAAUCCGCUGAAUCGUUACAUCAUAACAUGCAUCCAUCAGAAAACUCAGCAGCAUUUCCAUAUGAAUUCCAAUCUCAGCAAUGUUCAAAUGGCUAUAUGGCUAGAAAUGUAAACAUCAUGCAAUUGCCUCAUAUGGAAGAGUUUGUUGAACAAACUCCUCAGGUUCCAACAUUCUUUGAGGAUGAUCUCCAUAGUGUUAUCCAGAUGGGUUUUGGCCAAAUUCAGGGACAGAACCUUCCUGGCAAUAUAUCCUCAGCACAAAUGAAGGUUGAGCUAUGAGCCUAUGACCAUUUGGUAAAAUUGUUCAUUCAUUUGAGGCCUCAAAUGAGAGAUGUUUCUGCACAUAAACAGACAAUUUGCAGUUUUUUCCAAAGCAAUUCUUUGAUUCAAGAAGAAGGAAAAAAGAAGACAAAAAAGGAAAGAGAUAGAGAUCACUUCUCUCUUCCAAUUCUUGAUUUAUUCAAUGAUUACUUUGGCUAAUCAUGAUGAUUAUCAAUUUUUUUUCCCAUAUGGGAUUAUUUUUAUUAAAUUGGAGAGACUAUAUCACACACCAAAUGGGGUGUGAUAAAUCCAAUUCACUUGUAAAUUAUUUUAUAGUAGCUAUAGUAAGAAAGUGUAUUUGAGGGGUCAAAUAGUUCAAUGUAACCUAUUGGUUUAACCUUGAGUUUCCAUCAACCAUAGUUCCUUCCAUUCUGAUAUUUUUUUUAAUCACUAAUUUAUUGAGACUUUAUGA